GAAACCACGGAGCCCCCCUCUCCCUUCUCUUCAACCUCGGUCUGUGCUCCCUACUUCUGCUUUUCAUGAGAGAGGCAGCUCUGCUUGGGAAGGACGCUACCAUUCCUACGCCACAGGGGCUGCAGGAUCAGCUGGACCAGAGAUGCAGGCACUCUCCAUUCUCCUCCCCCCAUUAGUUUCUUCUCAAUAGUCUGAUCCUGAAAAGGAGGGGUUGAUGGGGGAGUUAUCUGGCAGCCAGCUGAUCUUUGCUGUGGUAUUCUGCGAGGGAAAGGAGGAGACUGAAACUCUUCGCUACUCAGCCGUACUGACAUAGAGGAAGCUGCUGUGAGAGACAUCAACAGUCGCGUGAGAGGAAGGAAGCUGUGAAGCUUUUGCGACGAAAACAUGCAACGCAGCUUCAAGACCACGUGAAGUAUUGCCUGAGAAAAACAUCUGCAAGAGAGGAGGAGAGAAAUAGAGGCAAGGAGAGACUGACUCACUUGUUUGGAUUCGCCCACAAAGUGUUCCUGUAGACGCUUGGCGUGUCACCAGCAGGAGGUCGAAGAUGUCUUGGCUGUCACCCGUCCAAUGGGCCAAAUGGACCUGGUCUGCCGUUAGAGGAGGAGGAGAGGAGGAAGGUGAGACUGAUUUGGGGAUGGACGACGAACCCCUCACGGAAGAGGCGAGAGAGACUAUACCACGAUAUCAAGAGGACGACGAAAGAUCUCAUGGCUGCAGUUCGGAUUCAGAAGGACAGUUUGAGACGCCUGAAGCUGAGACACCUGUCCAUCAGCCAUUUAAAGAACUAUCAGCACUGGAUCAGCCAAUCACAGAGAGCUCAGGUUUCUCAGAAGAAUAUGUAAAUCAUUUGACUGCCAUCACAACAAAAACUCAGAAUCUGACCUUGGAAAAGAGCUUUGCUGAGGAUGCACCUGCAACAGUCCUGCGGCAGAGCAGUCUGGACUCCACCCCAACCCUGAAACCUAAGUACCAGCUUUCAUCUGUUGACAUGGAUGUGGACCAGCCUGAUCCUGAUGAUGCAGGUGCAACAGAACACAGCAAUAUCUGCAAUGGUCACAUUGAGGAACCAUCAUCAAAACCACAGACCAAGUCUCUCAAGGUUAGACCUCCUUCUCUCCAAGUGAAGUCCCCACUGAAUGGUGUUGACCCCAACGAGGUGGACGAUGAUCCUCCGAUACUUCCGAAGGGGAGCUAUAACUUUGACCUUGAUCAGGUUAAUGAAACCAUGAAUCCAUUUCCAACUGGUGGGUCCAAGUUGCAGAAUUCUCCACCUGCCAAUGCGAGUAUUCCUAAAUCAGAGUUGAUGGAUGAAAUGCCUGCACAGCCAGUUUUGCUUGAGUUUGGACUUGAUGAUACUGAAGUCAAGACAGACCCACCCAAAAAGUCUGGAAAAAAGACAAGCAGCAAGCUGACUACUCCAAAAAAACUGCGCCCAAAAGCUGCAGAAACUGCAGCUCCACUACCAGAGACAUCCUCAGAACAAAGCCAACAACCACCUGAAAACGCGGAUCUCAUCAACGUUGAUGAUAUUCCUAUUCCUAAAAAAUCCUACAACUUUGACCCAAAUCAGUGGGACGAUCCCAACUUUGAUCCAUUUGGUGGGAAACAAAAACUUAGCAGCUCGCCGACGCUUCCUAAAGGAUCGUAUAGUUUUGACCCAGAUACAUUUGAUGACUCUGUUGACCCUUUUAAGUCAUCAAAGUCUUUAGGUGGAAGUGACUCUGUUAAACCAACAUCUGAGAAGCUAACAGAGAAACUCAAAUCUGACGGAACUCCAGAGCAGCGUAAGAAAGCUGGACAGUCUCCGAAAAAAAGCAAAGACAGGAUCCUCACGACCACUGAGCAAGUGCGGUUUCUCUGUUUUCUAUUGAAUUCAUGUAAAGUCAAGAAGUAUGAGAAUCAGUCCUUAGUCCUGGAUGUCUGUGAUCAGGAGAAUGAUGUGCAGGAGGACUCCGGGUCUAAACUGUCCAACCGAGUCCAUCAUGCCACAGACGAAGAGAAAUUGGCCUCCACUGUCAUGAUCCAAAAGGACGGGACAGAGGAGUUUUCAGACUACAAAACAACCACCUGUACCAAGACUGCAGAUGAUCUGCCAGUAGGAAUAACAGAGCAAUUUGAAGAAAAAGAUCUCUCCUCUCCGAGUGAGAGUCUGUGUAAAAGUUAUACUCUGAGCUCUUCAGACAGUGAGACCAUAGUGAAGACAAGUCCAGGGCUCGAUUCCAUCCCUCUCAGUGAGAUUGAUAAAGCAGCAGUGCUCACGCUGAUCAGAGAAGAGAUAAUUGCCAAAGAGAUUGAAGCCAAUGAAUGGAAGAGGAAAUAUGAGGAGGGUAAACUGGAGGUCACUGAAAUGAGGAAAAUAGUGGAUGAAUAUGAGAAGACGGUAGCGCAGAUGAUAGAAGACGAGCAGCGAAAGAACAUAGGAUCUCAGAAAAGUGUCCAGCAGUUAACUUUAGAGAGAGAUCAGGCUCUCGCUGACCUUAACUCAGUGGAGCGAUCGCUGUCUGAUCUGUUCAGGCGCUACGAAAAUAUGAAGACUGUCCUCGAAGGCUUUAAGAAGAAUGAGGAAGUGCUGAAGAAGUGCGCUCAGGAUUACCUUACACGUGUGAGGCAGGAGGAACAGCGUUAUCAGACCCUCAAAAUCCACGCUGAGGAGAAACUUGACAAAGCGAAUGAGGAAAUAGCUCAGGUGCGAUCUAAGGCCAAUGCAGAGAGUGUGGCGCUGAAUGCCAGCCUGAGAAAAGAGCAGAUGAAGGUGGACUCCCUGGAGCGGGCGCUCGAACAGAAGAAUCAAGAAAUUGAAGAGCUCACUAAAAUUUGUGAUGAGCUCAUUGCAAAACUGGGCACAACGGACUAAGAGAAAAGAAAUCCUGCUUAUAAUGCCAUGUCUGAUCCAAACCCACCCCGACCAACAACGUCUCUGGAUCUUGCAUUUUUUUCUUUUGGGGAAAGAAGUCACUUUUCCAUGAGUCUGGCUCAGGCAAUGGAAGAAACAACUAGAUAUGAGCUGAAGAAGGAUCAAAUAAAACGGCCCCAGACGCUCUUUACAGAAUCAAAAAAGUGCUGACGUGGGACUUGCACCUCAAUUUGGUUGUAUAAAAUACGGAUGGCUGGAAAAACCACCCACAUUUGAGCAUUUGGGAGAAACUCUGUUCAGAUGUUCGUGUAAAGGAACAGACAUGCAUUGAGGGACUUUGGCCUUGUUCAUAGUUUACAUGAUCGCACUGCUGCUAUUUGUAAUGGAGGGAGCAAAUCAUAUUAUAUUCAACUUCUUUUAGAUACGUUACUUGCAUUGGAAAGUACUGUAAGUGUUACCUGUGUAAUUAUUUGAUUAUAUAUUAGAGGUCAUCAUACGGAUUUGAAAGCAAAGUUCCAGGUUCAGCACAAAUAAGUUGAAAUCAGUUGAAAUCACUGGUGGUUUAAUGCUAAUUACUACAAAAUAUCUCCCCUGACUUGUCUCAACAAUCUAGGCUAGUGAGGCACUUGUAAUUGUGUGAAUGGAAAAUACGGUAAACUACAGUCAAAGUCGGAAUUAUUAGCCUAGCUGUUCAUUUUUUUCUCCAAUUUGUGUUUAACAGAGAGAUUUUUUCAACACAUUUCUAAACAUAACAGUUUUAAUAACUCGUUUCUAAUAAGUAAUCUCUUUUAUC